UUUAAAGAAUUUGUAUUAUAAUAUUUUUUUAAAAAUGCCACCGUAUUUCCGAAAUAAAAUCCUGCCCGAAGGAAUAAAAUAUGGGCUUAAAUCUGGAGGAGUUCUGCUUUCGAUCUUUACAUUUCCAACAUGCUAUGUUCAGUUUAAUUGUUUUGACCGAAAGCUCAUUUUGGCAUGUUCAUCCGCCUGUCCAUUUGUUGUAACAACUGAGACAUUUCAUCGAUGGGACUUACAACCUUGCUAGCGACCGGUGAUAGACCUUGUCCCCUUUGAGCCUGCAAUUUUCAGUCUGAACUCUUCCGAAAUGGCUGAUUAUUCGAGUUUGAAGUUGGAUGAAAUUCCAAAAAGAAAGCGAGGACGUCCACCCAAGACUCCAAGUACUCUCAACACAGUUUUGGAGUUUCCAACGUCACAUUUGACAGAGAAAGAAAGCAAAGAACUCCAGUUGGGAUACAAAAUUUUGAAAGAUAUACUCAACAUACCUAAAAUCAAGCCCCUGCUUGACAAACCAGAUGAAAGCUGUUUUGGCCUCCAUGACUACUACAGCAUUAUUGAAAAGCCAAUAUGGUUCAACGAAAUUUCUCGCAAAUACGCUUGCAAAGAGUACAAGGACUUAAAAACAGUGAUUGAUGAUAUAAGACUCGUUCUGGAAAAUUGUUAUAAAUUUUGGGGCUACAAACACAAAUUUAUCAAGCAGGCGUAUCGAGUUGAAAAAAUGCUUGAGAAACACAUAAGCGAGUUCCCAGAACCAUUAAGAACACUUUGCUCACUCGGUGAGCCCGAGACAAGUACCAUUGUAAAUAAGGUUGAUAUUGACAGUGACUCCGUUCUUACUGAAGAAUACCAUUCAAAAAUUCUUGAAAAUCUUGAGAAAAAGCAAAAGGAAACUAAAGAGGACCUUGUGUCUGAUCCUGAUCUUCAGAAAUGGGAGGCUGAGGUCUUGAUGAGCAAACAGAAAUCAAAGCAGAUCUCUCUCAUGUCAGAGCUUGCAGAAAUUGGACAUUUUUUGAGGUUAUCUCAGGACAUUCUGUGUCUAAAGGAUAUCACACAGUAUGAGAUAGAAAGGAUGCUGUUGAUGCCAAGGGAAUCUACCACCCUAGCAUCAAUAAUGACUUGUUUCCUAUGUCCUACAGCUAUGCGUGGUAGUCUAUAUUUCAAGCCAAUAAUGAUUUAUGACGUAUGGCAGAGCUUGCUGAAUAGAAAGCUAGAAGGGUGGUACAAUGCUUAUGCUAAAAUAAACAAUAAGUUACAGCUUUUUCUUAAAUAUGGUAUUGAGCCCUAUUUUUGGGAAAUUGUGGGAGAGCAAAACCCCCUAACAGAUACUGAAUUCCAUGCACUGAGUUUCACUAAAAAGGCUUGCAUUCUCAAGGCACUUUGUACAACAAUGUUUCAUUCUAAUAAAAAAAUAGAAGAUUAUUUUAAUUCAGUGGAAGAAUCAUCACUAAGAGGUAUUACAAUUUUUGAAGACUCUAAAUUUGAAUACAUCAGCCUAUUCAGCCCUGAAAUUCGUAUUUACCGUGUUUCUAAAACUCAAAUUGGCAUUGAACACAUGAUUGAAACAGUUUUACCUAAUUUCCCAGUGAAUGAAGAUCUAACUGAUUCUUCAGCUUUACAAGCUGCACAGAAGAAUGUUUGUUCAAAAAGGCAAAAGUUUUAUUUGGUCGCAACUGACAGGGAAAGUCUUGAAUCCUUCCUGAAAGUAAUGAGCAAGAAGAAAAAAUUGCACAGUGCCAUUCAUACUCUUCUUGCUCAAGAUCAAAGCAAUAAAUUUGCAAUAAAAGGUUUGAAAGCUAUGUUCAGCCAAUGGCAGAAAUCAGUUAAAAGGUCAUCAACUUUUAUUGAAAAUUCAAUAAACUAUUGGAUUAACAAAGAGGCAUCUCCAGAAAAUACCCCACAGAACAGUAUGAGUGGGAUAUUUCAUGAUUUGGAGAACCAAGGGGAACCUGUUUUGGGGAAGCGCAUUCUUAAGCGAAAGUUUUCAUUAGAAGAUGUUGAAAGUUCAUCCAAUGAUGAAAAGCUAUCUGAAGAGAGCGUGUCAGACUGGGAAGAUGGCAAUAUCAGAAGAAGCAAAAGAAUCAAACCGAGCAAGAGUGUACCUCGGUUUUUUGACAGGCGGUUUAUGAAGUUUGAAAGGAAUAACCUCGAGGACGGUAUUUUUGAGCCAGAUUUCAAAGUGUUCAAUUGCAUGACUAGUACCCCAAAAGCACCAGAGCCUGUAUCGAAGGUUCCUAAGAGGAUAAAUUAUGUAUCAAAGGCUGGAGUCAGGAUUAGGAAAGCUCCCCAGUUCAUGUCACUUAAAAGAAGUAUAAUCAAUGCCGCAGUAGAGAAUGCGAGCAAGCUUGUUACUCAGGCUCCAGACAGCAACCUCAAGGUUUUGACAAUUGAUAUGAAAGCGGGAAGCAAUGGGCAGCAUAUUUCAUGGCAGAACAAUUAUGAAGAACUGCAUCAACAAUCGUCUUGGAUCUGCCCUCAGCCGGUGAACACAUUUAGCCAGGACCCUUAUUACACUCCAAACCAGGAGUUUUUAUCAUUCAAUGAGUCGUUAUUAGAAAAUGCACCACAAAUAUCUGUUCCUAAAAAGGAUAAUAACAACGACAUAAGUUCGAUGCUCCCAUACAAUCAAAUGAAUAUCCCCCCUUUAAUGAGUGAUCAUUUAGAUUACACUUUAAAUGGACAAAAUGAAACAUUAGAAAACUUCCAAACUGAAGAUUUAUCUCAGUAUGAGCCGGUCUUGUACCUUCCAGAGCCACCAUCUUUAAGUCCUAGCAAGUUUAUUAACAUGGCUCCUUGUAUUUCUCCGAAUCAGAUGAAUGUCCUCCACAUAGUUGGACCGCAUACAAUUACGUCAGGGGACGGGUCAAUUCUGAAUCAAGACCCUGGCGUCUCUCAAUAGUACUGCCAGACGGCGGUUUCAUACCGCUGGCAACUGAAGACCAUGACGAACUCAUUGAAUGUGCCAAAGGGAAAAUUCCUAAAACUGUUGUGGUUUGUUUAAAAAAAAAGCAUCUUCACUCUAGACUCUGGUCUAUUGGAGAAAUGUUUUUUUCUUUUAUUUGUUUUUAAUUUGUCCAUGAAAUUUGGCUUUUAAUUUCCUUUGAACAGGAGAUUUGUUUGAAUAAACACACAAUUUUAUAUGGUUA